UUGUACACAGGGAUGCUGGCGCACAGUGCAGCCUGAAAAUGAGUUUACUAUGGAUAUAUCCUUCUCUGCUCACUCUUCACUUGCUAACACCAAACCAGGCCUUAAGGACUUACCCUGACAAUGAAGUGACAUUGCUGGACUCAAUGUCGGCGCUUGGAGACCUGGGCUGGGUGGCAUAUCCAUCUGAAGGGUGGGAGGAGAUCAGCGUGAUGGACGAGAGGAACACGCCCAUGCGCACCUACCAGGUGUGCAACGUGAUGGAAGCCAAUCAGAACAACUGGCUUCGCACCAGCUGGAUCCCCCGAGAUGGCGCCCAGCGCAUCUACAUCGAGAUCAAGUUCACUCUGCGUGACUGCAACAGCUUGCCAGGAGUGCCGGGCAGCUGCAAAGAGACCUUCAACAUGUACUACUACGAGUCUAACAACAGUAACCUGUGGUUCAUCAAGGAGAGCCAGUACCUCAAAAUAGACACCAUCGCGGCGGACGAGAGUUUCACCCAAGUGGACGUAGGGGACAGAGUGAUGAAACUCAACACUGAAGUGAGGGAUAUCAGCCUUUUGAGCAAGAAAGGUUUUUAUCUGGCCUUUCAGGAUGUGGGGGCCUGCAUUGCCUUGGUUUCAGUCAGGGUCUUCUACAAGAAAUGUCCCCUCACAGUGCGCAACUUGGCGCAGUUUCCCGACACCGUCACCGGAGGUGACUCUGCCCUGGUGGAGGUUCGCGGAUCAUGCGUCAACAGCUCAGAGGAGUUUGAUACGCCAAAAAUGUACUGCAGCGCCGACGGUGGCUGGCUGGUUCCCAUCGGUCGCUGUGCCUGCAAGCCCGGGUUUGAAGAGCGCAAAGACAUCUGUCAGCCAUGCCGACCUGGUUUCUACAAAGCAUCAGCCAUAGAUGCCUACUGUGUGAAAUGCCCACCAUACAGCUACUCAAGCCUGGACAGUGCUUCAGAAUGCAACUGUGAAAAAGGUUACUACCGGGCAGAUACAGACCCCAGGUCUAUGGCCUGUACAAGACCUCCAUCUGCUCCAGAAAACCCAAUCUCCACCAUUAACGAGACGUCGGUUACCCUGGAAUGGAGCCCUCCCCGUGAGAGUGGGGGUCGAGGGGACAUCAGCUACAGUGUCCACUGCAGGAAGUGCUCCAGUGAUGGCAGGAAGUGCAGCCCCUGUGGUAACGGCCUCCACUUUGUCCCGCGGCAGUUCGGCCUCUCCUAUGCCAAAGUGCUCGUCACAGACCUUCUCCCCCAUACCAACUACACCUUUGACAUUGAGGCAGUCAACGGGGUCUCAGACCUGAGUCCCAGCCCCAAACAAUGCAUCUCUGUCAAUAUCACCACAAGCCAAGCAGUAAGUGUGAUUCUGAAAGAGAGGAAAAGCAAGGACAGCAUUACCCUGGCAUGGCAAGGACCAGAGUUAGCCAACGGCGCCAUAGUGGAAUAUGAAGUGAUCUACUAUGAAAAGAAUCAAAGAGACCAGAAUUACACUGUUUUGAAGACGAAGUCCAACAGCAUGACAGUGGAGGGGCUGAAACCAGGUACUACGUAUGUGUUCAGGGUCCGUGCGCGCACCGAUGGAGGCUAUGGAAACUAUGGGGGAGAAAUCGAACUGGAGACCAGCCGUGAAGACAUGCUUGCGAUUGGAGACCCAAAUCAGCCCACCAUCCUUGCGGUGUCAAUUGCAGGAGGGAUAGUGCUGCUCAUAUUCCUGGUUGCUUGCUUUGUGGUCAGUGGAAGGCAUUGUGGCUACAUCAAAGCGAAACAAGAUCCAGAUGAGGAAAAACUGCAAUUCCAGCAUGGUCGAGUGAAGCUGCCUGGGAGCAGGACCUACAUACACCCACACACUUACGAAGACCCCAAUCAGGCUGUCCGAGAUUUUGCCAAGGAGAUUGAGGCAUCUAGUAUUCGAAUUGAGAGGGUAAUAGGAGCAGGCGAGUUUGGGGAGGUGUGCAGCGGUCGCCUGAAGCUUCCCAGCAAGCGGGAGAUUUACGUGGCUAUCAAGAGCUUGAAAGCUGGCUAUUCGGAUAAGCAGAGGCAGGACUUCCUGAGUGAGGCCAGCAUCAUGGGACAGUUCAACCACCCCAACAUUAUCCGACUGGAGGGAGUCGUAACCAAGUGCAAGCCAGUAAUGAUCAUAACAGAAUUCAUGGAGAAUGGAUCCUUAGAUUCCUUCCUUAAGAAGCAUGAUGGACAGUUCACAGUAAUUCAGCUGGUUGGAAUGCUGAGAGGCAUUGCAUCUGGAAUGAAGUACUUGUCUGACAUGAACUAUGUGCACAGGGACCUUGCAGCCAGGAAUAUUCUUGUUAACAGUAACCUCGUGUGUAAGGUGUCUGAUUUUGGCCUAUCCAGAGUGCUCGAGGAUGACCCAGAGGCUGCUUAUACUACAAGGGGUGGGAAAAUACCUAUCAGAUGGACUUCUCCAGAGGCCAUUGCCUACCGCAAGUUUACUUCAGCCAGUGACGCCUGGAGUUAUGGCAUCGUCAUGUGGGAGGUGAUAUCAUAUGGAGAGCGACCGUACUGGGAAAUGUCCAAUCAAGACGUGAUAAAAGCAAUAGAUGAGGGCUACCGCUUGCCUGCACCCAUGGACUGCCCAGUCGUUCUGCACCAGCUCAUGUUGGACUGCUGGGAGAAGGGACGCAGCGACAGGCCCAAGUUCGGGCAGAUCGUCAACACCCUCGACAAGCUGAUCCGAACCCCCAGCAGCCUGAAGCAAUUAGCCAACAGUUCAGUGUGGCAAGACCCUACGACACCAGACUUCACUGUCAACACUGUUGAAGAAUGGCUGGACGCCAUCAAGAUGGGCCAAUACAAGGACAACUUUUCCUCAGCGGGCUACGUCUCACUGGAAUCAGUGCUGUACAUAAGCAUCAGUGAGCUGGGUAAACUGGGAAUUGUUUUAGCCGGCCAUCAGAAGAAGAUCCUUUCCAGUAUAGAGAGCCUCCGGACACAAGGAACACAUCUUCAAUUGUAACAUUACAUCACCUAGCAAUUUUAUCCUCAAAGAACAAACACUAAAUGAACUCAAUAAGAUGCUUGUUAUUCCUAAUUAACAGCUUCACCAAUCAAACUGUUCUGGAUAUAACUCUUCAGCACUCUGGCUUCCGUGCACUUAAAGCACCAGUAACAAAAGGAGUGAAAGGCUGAUCUAUAUUAGGUCUCUCUGAAGACUUCCGACGAAAGUACUUUAAAUCUCACCAUUAUGGAAAUUAGUAUAUCGUAGAAUGUGCAACAAAUUGCCUUUUUAAAAUUUCUUUAAAAUUUUGAAUCCAGCUAAAAGAGUCCAGGAGAUCCCUGCCCGAUUCUCUGUAUUGAAGAGUGCACACAAGAAAAGCUCAACUAGAUAUCCUCAAUUGGACCUGGUUUCAUAACCUCAUUGCACCAGAUGGCCCCAGUUCUGCGUAUCGGAGAAGUGGUAAUCUGCUCCAAGGGAAGGAUUCUUGGUUCUGACCUUGAUAAACCUGUGUUGUUUAAAGGCUUUCCUGCUUAGAGACUACUGUGAAUCAAAAGAUACACCCUUCUAUUACAAAUGAAAGUGUUUAUAGUAACAUGAUUGCAGAGAGCCAUUGGUUUUUGUAUCUGGUUGAUCAUCAAAGUUCUAGAAAUAAUUAGGAUGAAAACAAGAGGUUCUACAUUUACUCUCUAAUGAAAUGUGUGAGAAAAACCGAAACAGUUGUAUGUAUCUUUCAACCUGUAUCUUUCAAACAGUAAUAAUGAGUAUUUUUUUUAGUAUGUUUUUUUUUUUUUUUUUUUUUUUUGAACUUGUAUGCCAUGUUCUCUAUAUAUUGCAGUAAUAGUCUUAUUACCAGCCACGCCACCUCAAAUUACAUCUUCACUGUAUAACAGUUUCUCAACUAAUAUGAAUUAAAGGGAAUAUAUAAAAUGAUGAAACACCUACCAAAAUCAUAUAAUCCUGAGACCCUGAAACAAAUUACUACCCAGAACCGGUAUGGUUUCAUAACUUCAUUAAAAAAAAGAAAAAAAAAACUUAAAGGGGUAGUUCACCUUCCUUAGAUAUCUGCAACAUAUGGAAAUGGCCACAGUUUACAGUUUCAUUACUCUGAAGAGCUGACAGAUUAUGCCUCCUUAUAGAAGCAUUAGCAAUCACAGUUAUGUCCCUGAUUUGUUCACGGUUGGAUCUCUUAAAUUUCAAAAGAAGUUUAACUGUACCAAAUUAUAAAACUCUGAUUGCAAAACUACUGAUAAAAGAAAUGACACGUUACUGAUUAUUGUAUUGCUAAUUUCAGUGUCCUCGCUAUAAAAAUCCUGGGGACUGUUGGACGGGGGCUCAUUAGUUAAGAGAUGAACCAGGAAUGGCUGCACCAGCCCCCAUGUCAACAUGGUGUGCUGGUGCAGCAUGGUCUAGUAGUGGACUUACAGCACUUAAAGGAAUGUAAUGCUUUCCAACAACAUUCCCUGGAUGCAUUCCCUUAAGGAGCAUCAUUGCAUGGGGGCAGGGCCUUUCUUGCUAACAAGAAUUUCUGCAAUAUGAGCUACCAAAAUUUCCUUUAAAAAAAUCCAUGGUGUAAAUAAAUCAUCAGACCCCAGAGGAAACUAAAUAAAGGCAAGAGGCUCCACUGCAACAACACAGCCAUCUUGUAGAUCCAGUUUUGGUUGCUAUUAAUCAUCUUUUAGACUAAAACCUAAUAGUCAAAUCCACAUGCAAUCACGGUCUUGUGGCAGGUCUAACUGUAGUCAUUAUCCACUGAUGGAUAUAAAGCCUUACCACUACACCAACUUUAUAAGCAUGCAGUGAAAUAUCAUGAUGAAAUGAGGCUGGAGAAUUCAAUACAUGAAUUAAAUGCAAGUGCUGUCAGGUUUUUGAAAUGGGAAAACGAAGCUUGACACUGUAAUUACAUGUAUAAGUUUUCAUGUUUUGUCUCUUAAAAGUAAACCAACAAGGCCCUGUAUCUCCCCAUGUUUUUCUAGGUUCUCCUAUAGAUUUGAACUAAGAAGCAAAAGUGCUGUCUUCUUUUUUAAUUCCGUACUAUUACAGCACACAGAUAUUUAGACUAAAAAAAAAAAAAAAAAAAAAAAAAAAAAAACUUGUACCAUAUUGUAAAAAAAACAAAACAUGUACAGUGUUGUUGAUUUAAAACCGUAGAAUGUGUAUAAUUAACUUUUAUUUAGAAAAACUGAUUACAAAAAAGUACACAAAAGACUUAUUUAUUAUGAGUGUUGAUAAGGCAUGCUGAUUUAGGUAGCCAUUUUGGGAGACAGCUUUCACUGACUUUAUGGAAGAGGAUAAACUAUACUUCAUACUAUACAAGGCUGCAAAAACUGUAUUAAUACAAAGCAGUUGUGACUACUCAGAUGGUCCCCCCAGAGAUCUCAAAUCUUCAAUCUGGAAUAUACAAUAUCAGCCCAUUUUGGUUGACAAAAUGUUAAAAUUACUUAAAACAAUGUACAUAUUUGAUCCUUGUAGAACAUAUUGUGCAGAAUUGAAAUGCAAAUGUUUACGAAAACAAUCUUCUAUGAAUACUUUGGUCUUUUACAGUUUGUAUGCAAGCAAACAGAAGUCAAACAAACUAAAAAAAAGUUACAUUUGUUGAGAAAUCUGAAUGCAGAAUAAGCAUGUUAUAAAAUAAUCACAUUUUUAGAUAAAUGUAGUCUCCAAAAGGAGCCACUGUUGCGCCUCAUCUUGUAAAAUAUUCCAGAAACAAUUACAAGAAUUACCAUUACAUUAAAGCUCAGUUAUGGUUCAUUAAAUCUGACGAAGAGUAUCUGUGUGUGGCUGUGGGCAAUUGAGCAAUCUGUGGAACAGAUGCAGAUUUCCCUAAAUAAAAAGCAGGCUCAUAACAAAUUUACCAGCUGCUGUAAAGGCCAAGGGACUAAUACUUGUGAGAAAUGCAUAGCGUGCAUAAAAUCAUCUGCUCUUGGUUUCAAUUGAACUAGUUCAAAGGUCAGGAUUUUCAAAAGGUCGUAAAUGAUAACUCCAGUGUUAAUCAAAAAAUUGGUAUGGAAUAUUGAUUUUGGAAUUUUCAAGCGGUAGCUAUGGCUAUUUCAUUAUUAAUUAAAUAUUCUGAAAUUAAGUUGAUUUAUGAAAUAAGGUAAAUAUCUUAAUGAGCAGUGCUUCUUUGACUAUUUCUUCUGUUUGCGUUAUUUUCGUUUGUAUACUGUCUGUGCCGCUAUAUAUAUUUUUUUUAAAACAAGACCUGACAGCUCCACAUUGUACUUUUUAACUAUUAGACGAAACAAUUACAGAAUACUUACAAACUGCUGUUAUAAUCAUGAUUAAUUUAUUAUUAAUAGCGUUAUCCUUCAAUUAUACCAAAUCAUGUUUUUUUUUUAUUAACAAUGACGGUAACUUAUACUAUGUCGCCUAAUGCUUAUAAAGUCAGAAAAAGAGUGUUCCCUUCAUUGUAAAUAAAACCGUGAUUUGGUAUAAUUUAUAAUUAAUAAUUUAAUAAUAAAUAAAUCACUUUUUAUUUAUUAUUUUCUCCACGGUCUGGAUUUGAACCGCUGACCUUCCGCACAACAGUUUUGCAAAGGGAAUCCCACCUAACGGAUUUGUAGUGUCUUUACCCAGCCAUCAGGGGUCGUUCAUUACAAACUACAAACACAAAUGACACUUCAAAUGUAUUUAUUUAUAGGCUACAAUCGUACAUAUUGAAAUACAUAAAAAAGUAGAUUUACAUUUGACAGCUGGUUGGCGGUGAGAGAGCCUUUUCACUGUACUCUGGUAGUUUCCAUAACAGCAAAUUAUGCUUUCAUUAAUUUUUCUUGAUCUCGUUAACAUGGAUUUUGAUUAACUAGUUCCUUUUUAUUUAGUUGUUGAGACAGGAAGUGAUGUACGUGACAUGUGACAAAUAAGCUUUUUAACGAGAAAUGCAUUCAUUAAUGACCUCAUCAACUUAAUUUAAAGCAUUAACGGUUUGAUUCAAUUAACACAUUUCGUUUGAAAAUCACUUGCUACUAAAGCUCUCAUUACUAUACCACGAGUUCAAACACUGUUUUUUGAAAAUCCUGCCCAAGGUUUGCUACUGUGAGCCACUUUACAUAUAUUAUAGAUAUCACUCUAAAUGUAUGCAGUCCUGGAAAUUGUGCUGACAAGUUUAUGCAUCUUUUUUUUUUUUGUUUGUUUUGUUUUUUUUUUUUUUUUUUUUUUAUAACCCAAUCACCUGCUGUAAACUUCCCCCCAUUUUAUUAAUUAAUAAAAUGUGCUAUGCUCAUGUGUUGAGUGCUCAUAGCCACUUUCUUUCAGCCUUGGAGAGACGGAAACAAAUGAGUAGAGCUUGUCCCUAACUAGAAAAAAGUGCUCUUGAUUAAAACAACAACAUAAACAGCAAAGUAACUUUAUUGCAUGAGAAGUUGGAUAACCAAGUUGUUGGUUGCCACUGAAACCUGUUAUGCAUGGUGGGCAGUUAAAAUAGCAUACACUUGCAGUACAAGUUGUUUGAAAGUGGAAUCCUGCUCCAUCCUUCUUUAAUACAUCAUUAAACAAUAGGCUGUGCUUCCAAAGAGGGUAGGUGUGGACUUGGCUUCAGAUAUAACACCUGUACAACUUUGAUAAAAUGGUUUUUUUGGCAGAUUUGUAGUUGGUAAAUUACAAAUCUAAAAACAUUUUUGUCAGAGGCCGAAGCAUCAAUGUUAUACAUGUUAUUAUAACUUAUAAGAUUCAAAUUGUAUUAAAGGGGUGGAAAAGAGGGUGCAUACUUUAUUUACGGCCCAAUAUUCUUUCUCCAAAAUACAUGCCUAUAAAAUCAUCCCAUGCUACCACAAUUGUAUAAUUAGCUGACUUUCCAAGACAAAGAUUACUUUCAGUGCCAUAGUUGGAAAAAAAAAGUUUGAAAUUGUAAUAGAAUUAGCAUUACUGGUAGAAUAAAGGUUAGUCUGUCUUGUCUGUGUUAUUUUAUUUUAUAUUUUGGUUAUUAAAGUUCACCUAAAAACUGUCUCCAGUUGAUAAUAAAGACAAGAUGAAACCCCAGGCUUUGUUCUGCCUCUGUUGUAAAGGUUUCCUGCUCAUUAUUUUGGGGGGUUUGGUUCUGUGUUUUGUUGUACCCUGUGGACUUGUGUUCAUCCAUGGCUGGCUUGUAAAUGCUAGCUAAAAGUGUGUUGAUUUUGAACUUCAUGUUGCAGUAAUAAAUAUGCUAAUAUUUUUUAUUUAU